AUGACUUUAGAACUUUUUGUUUGGUUGUUAUUAUUCAAUAUAGGACUAUGCCAAAUUAUCCCAGGGGACCAAUCAGUGGUCUUUUCAUCAUUGAUUGAUCCUGAACCUUUAGAUGAAGACAUUUAUCGAAAUAUGUUUACUUAUGCUCAUCUAAUUGAUAUUUCUUAUUGUGUAUCCUCAACUUCCCAUAUAGAUCCUCCAUUUAAAUGUGAUUUGAAUUGUGAAGAGAGAUUUCCAAAUGUUACUUUAGUACAUCAAUGGUAUUUCGAUGAUUCUGUUUGUGGUUAUAUUGCCGUUACCCAUUCUAAUAUUUUCAAUUAUAAAGCUACCUCCAAGAAAACCAUUAUAGUAUCCUUGAGAGGUACUCGAUCAUUGUUCGACUCCUAUACUGAUAUCAAGGUGGAUAUGGUAAAUUAUAACAAUCUCGGUACCAAGCUUAGAGAAUGUGGUACUAGGUGUAGAGUUCAUAGGGGGUUCUACAGAUAUUAUCUCAAUACAUUGAUACAAAUUGAUAAGGUUCUACGAAGGGAAUUGGACGGAGAGGAUGAUUACGAAUUACUUAUAUUGGGGCAUUCAUUAGGAGGGGCUAUAUCGUUAUUUUUAUCUUUGUAUUAUCUAGAUCUAGGGUACAAUAACAUGACGGUCAUAACCAUGGGUCAACCUUUAGUGGGCAAUCAACCAUUUGUUACUUGGGCUGAUGAAGUACUAGGUAGCAGUAAACCUGUAGUGCAUGGAACUUUUGAUAGGAAGUUCUUCAGAGUUAUCCACAAGAACGAUGUGGUGACCACAAUACCCAGUAAUAACAAUAUCAUAGAUUCGUAUACCCAAUUCUCCAACCAGAUAUACUUAAAUUGUUCAGCCACAGAGACUGUCCCUACCAUUGACCAGGUGGUAGAUUGCCAUGACGGAGAGAAUCCAUUAUGUAUUAAGAAAGAUUUUGGGAAGAUAGAUUUCUUCACUCAUAACUAUUUACAAGCCCAUACGACGUACUUCCGUUCUAUGGGAUUAUGCGGGAUCAGGAAUAAUGUAUUUAUGUAG